AUUAGUUCAUUAAUCGGAAAUUUGCGAUAUGAAUAAAUUGAAAAUAUUAUUAUAGAACAAUUAUUAAAUUGAUUAGAAAUUCUUUGACAAAAAUUAUAUUUCUGAUUUGGAAACUAGCGUCAUCCUAUGACUCAUCGGAUUAGAAAAACUGAUGGCUGAUCGUCUUACACAGUUGCAAGAUGCUGUAAAUGCUCAAGCAGAAAAUAUCUGCAAUAGUAUUGGUGUUUUGCAAGCCUGCGCGCCUCCUAGCAGUUUCCCAGACUUUGAGAAAUCUCCAAAGAAAGUUGAGCAGCCUAAAGAAGAUUACUGCCAAACUUUUGCUAGUUUAAUUGCUAAUACAGCUAAGGAAAUUGAUAUUUUGAUUGAUUUUCUGCCAAAUGAGGAUAUUUCUCUAGAUUCAGAAGAAGAAUUUAAACGCUUAGAUCAAGAAAAUAAAGAUGCUGCUUUAAAAUUGGAAAAGGCAGUAGCUGCCGGUGAAGUUCUCUUGGAACAAAUCCGUAACGCCUUGCGUGAUAUUGCACAAUCUCAGCUUGAAAUUCAAAAACUCAGUAACAACAAUAUUUAA